GCUUUAGUUGUGGCAGAGUGAGGAGAGCCAGCGAUGGCUUCACUCAGGGAGCUGCGCCGCUACGGGCUCUCCUGUGGAGAAAACAACAGAACCAGAUCCAAUAGCACUCUAUACCACGUCAAGCUGACGGACACGGCCAUCAGGGCGCUGGAGGCUUUUCAAAACCUCAAGGGAGCUUUACAAAGUCAACCAAUUAUCUGUUUCAAAGGAAACCAAGGGUACAUCAAGAUCCCAGCUCCCACAUCAGAGUCGUCCUCUGCUCUUCGUGUCUUUGCCUUCUACUUGUCCAGCGAUGGCAAAGACCAGCCACAAGCCAGCUUUGACUGCAUCCAUCAGUAUGUCUUAAGUGACGGCCGUGAACAGCUGGAGGGUCAAGGCAGCAUCCAGGAUAAGAUCACCGUUUGCGCCACUGAUGACUCCUACCAGAUGACCCGUGAGAGGAUGUCGCAGGUGGAAAAGGAUAGCUGGAGCCGCUCUGCCAUUGAGAUAAAACCUGGAGCCACACAUCCAAGUAAAUGCAUCAAGUACCAAAAGAGGCCAACUCCUCUGCCCGUCUCUGACGGUAACCUCCACAAGCAGCCAGCCAACAACCGGAGGAAUGGCGGUGCAAACCCUCUGUCCCAGAAGCCCCUGAAGGACCGCAUCAUCCACUUGCUGGCCCUCAAGCCAUACAGGAAACCUGAGCUGCUCCUUUGGCUGGAACGAGAGCGAAGUGCACCCAAGGACAAGGCCGAGCUGGGAGCCGUCCUGGAGGAGGUGGCUAAGGUGAGUCUCAAAGACAGCAGCUACCUGCUGAGGGAUGACUUCUACAAAUAUGUUCAGAGGGAUUGGCCUUGCUACAGUGAGGAGGAGAAGCAGCUGAUCAGCAGGUUGCUGGCCAGAAAGGUACAGCCACAUGUCCAUAACCAAACCAGAAACCUCCAAACAAACUCUUUAACACCGAAGACCUCAGAGGACCAAAAUGUGGCUCAAAAUUCUGCUGUGAAACGCCUCAUGGCUUCUGACUCACUGGAAAAAAUGGAAGUUAAGAGGCAAAAACUCACAGAUCCAAAACACCAGUCCCCAUUAAAUGGAGCUCUAAACAGGAAAGGAGUGCACAAUAAUGCAAGUCUGACCCCCAACCCCAGUUGCCACUCAAGGACUGAGACUCAAAGGACAAGUAACCAUAGAGAUAACCAAAAUGGCCCACUGCAGAGCUAUGACGGCUUUCCUUUGGAGCACAAACUGUUCAGUCCUUGUAACGAACCUGUUUCAGAAAGCAGAGGCCAGGAGCCCAAAAUGAACCGGCUCCAGGUACCCCAGCUGGACUUGGACUUCGUUCAGCAGCAGCUCAGCAGCAGCAGCAGCCAGCACAAAAAGAAGAAAUCUAAAAAGCACAAAGACAAGCAGCGGGAGAAGUUCAAGGAAGAUAAAGGAACAGAAAAACUAAAGAUGAGCCCUACUUUGAAGCCGAAUCCAGACAAACUUCAGAAUCCUGACGGUACAAACGCUGUGGACUCUGAAGAAAAGCCAGAUUAUGUGCUAAAAUACGCUCCCAUAGCAAGUUUGGAGCAGCGUCAGAAGUACGAGGAGGAUUUCUGUGCAGAGUACGACGAGUACAAAGAUCUUCAUUCCCGUAUCGCCACCAUAACUCGCAUGUUUGUUCAUCUCAGUUCCAAGAUCAAAAGUUUGUCGCCUGGGACGCAAGAAUAUAAGAUAAUGGAAGACCAAAUACUAGAAAAAUACAACAAGUACAGAAAGAAGUUUCCAGGCUACAGGGAAGAAAAGAAGCGCUGCGAGUACCUUCACGAAAAACUGUCCUACAUCAAACAGCUCAUCAUAGAUUAUGACCUUUCUAAAGCUUCUUUGUAGCAUUCGGUUGAGUGUUGAUGCAUCUCGAGCAAGAAUCACAGGCUGAGAGGACAGUAACUGCUGUGAGCACAAAUUUUUUAAUAUUUUUUUUUCUUUUUUUUUAUCAGAGACUCAAAAGGCUCUGGUUAUAUUUGUGAACAGGAAAAAAAAGGGCUGAAAAAGUGAGCACUCAGAAAAAGCUGUUUUGUUGGGGUUCACAGAUUAGCUCAUCCACAUUUUUGACACCUGGUAGAUCUUUGCUCGCUUUAACUGCUUUCAUACUUAAAGAUUUCAGUGAGUGACGUGGUUUUCGUUUGAAAUACUUCAAACUCAAGAAGUUUAAACAUCCCUUUGUUGCAUAUCUUCUUAGAGGUUUAUCAUAUUACACAGAACAAGCUUGUCUCCUGAAGGUUUCUGAAGUAAUUUGAGUUUAAAACGGAUUGAUAUUUUUAAAUGACAUUUUUAUUUUGAAAUGGAAAUUAGAGACACUCAUUGACAGAUUUGACCGAUUUUAGCGACAAGGAAAUAAUAGGACAUUUUAUUUGGGAAUAUUUGCAGUGGAGUCUAAACUGUUAAAUCAAAUGGGAACUGUAAUGACCCUUCCACUAUCUUAGAGGUUUGUUUAAUAAAAAAAUGCAUGCAUGAAAGUACAUGUAAGUAUUUUUCUAAACAUGUUUCCUGUCUAUUUGUAAAACAACCAAAAUUGUGCAAAAUGUAACUUUUAAAUACAGAUGUACUUAUUUUUGAUGCUCUUUUCUCUCCUGUGACAUUUCCACUUGUGUUUGUAUUCUUUGCAGCAAAGCAAAGAGAACCAGAGUUAGUUAGGUUUCAAACUGUUCCUCUUGUACGUCCUGCAGAGGGAUUUAUUACAGUAUCAGGCACUACUCUGGUAUUUUAGGUGGUGCAUUGUUUUGUUGCUCUAUUUGUGUGGUUGACUUCCAAAUCAACCUGAUUUAUUUAACCUUGGUUUUCCAAAUUAUUAGUGCCCAUUCCAAUUGUAUUUUUUUCUUUGUUUUUAUUGAAUGUUGUCAGAAAGAAGCCUUAAAACCCGCUUUUAAAGGUGACAGUCAUCAGACUGCAGACAUCUGCACAUUAUCCUGCCUUAUUUCACUGCUAACAGUUUCUUUUUAAACUCUUUCAGUGGACACCACAGGUGGCUUUCAAAGUUUUAAAAUGCAGUUCUAUCAUAGUUUUUUUUCUUUUUUCACCACCUGGAGGCAACAGACUCAUCAGUCGUACUUAGGAAACCACUGGUACUUUUUGAGUAGGGGUGCAACGGAUCACAGAUCACCCAUGAUCCGUACGGAUCGGGCUCACAGAUCACCCAUGAUCCGUACGGAUCAGGAUCACAGAUUACCUGUGAUCCCGUACGGAUCACACAUGUACCGCAGACCCCCCCCCUCCUCAUGCGCACCUUGUAUGCGUAUCAUUAAAAUCAAUUGUCCGUACACACCGAACGCAUUUCCUGCGGCAAAUUCAUGUACGCUGUCUUUGUACUAGCAUGUGUCAAAGUUGCUGCUUGAUGUUUGUCCAGAAGUGUGUUAACUUGCAGCUUCCUGUGUGUGUGUACGGAAGCUCCUCCCCCCUUCCUCCCCCCUGAUUCUCUUACUUUGUUUUUUUGUUAAUUUAUUUUUUUAAGAUGCAAUGUCUCAAAGCGCGUUUGGGCAUCUUUUUAUAUGAAUAAAUAUCUUGAGUUCAAAGAUCUAAUUAAUAUUUUGUUUUUGUAAAUAGGCCUCAUUGAGCUAAUAUUUUGAAUUUAUAAUGCAUUUGUGUCUCUGUGUAUAUGUCUAGAAGUACUUUAUAUAUAUAUAUGCUCUAUUAAAUCAAUGCUUUGAAGCUUUACAAAAACAAUAUUAAUAGAUGAUUUGCAUGCUGUUUUUUUUUUUUUAACUUAUCCCCAAAAUGACACGAUCAGAACCGUGAGUUUUGUGAUCCGUUACACCCCUUUUUAAGGGAUCAAGGGGGAUAAAAAAAAAAAAGGUUUUCGGUAUUUCUCAUACCGCUGAUGUUUUUGCUGCUGCUAUUGUUCCUGUUGGCCUCCUAUGAAUGUGACACUUUUUUCUGGGUGCUUUCUGCAUCUUUUCAUGUUUUCUGUAUUCUCUGAUUUACUGAAUAGGAGGGUAAAGAUUAAAAAAAAAAACAACAAGUCAAAUUGUAAGGACCUAAGUUGUUUUUGGUUGAAUUAAAUGUAGACCACUUUUAUGUCUCUCAAAAGUAUUACAUUCCCUGAAGACGGAUGAUUUUUUUUUAUUUAUCUCUUCAAGUUCUUUAACUAGCUUUUAAAGGUGUUUGGGUUUUAUUUAAUAUUUAUUUUCCUCUCUAUUUGGCUAGUGUUAAACAUUUACAAGGCACCACUUCACACUAUGCUAAACGCAAUGAAGGAGACAGUGCAUACGGAAAUAAGCUGCAAUUUAAAAAUGUGCAUUUUUCUCUUGUGAUGUUGUGAAAAGCAUAUUAAAAUGACAUUAAAAACAAAUUUGCUCUGA